AUGCUCAGCAUCCCCGCCACGAAGGGCUUCGAGAUCGGCUCCGGCUUCGGCGGCUGCGAGGUCCCCGGCUCCAUCCACAACGACCCCUUCGUCCCGGCCAACGUCGAGGUCCGCAACGGCGCCGCCGGCGCCACCUCCACCACCCGUCUGACCACCAAGACCAACAACUCCGGCGGCAUCCAGGGCGGCAUCUCCAACGGCGCCAGCAUCUACUUCCGCGUCGCCUUCAAGCCCCCCGCCACCAUCGGCCAGGCCCAGACCACCUCCACCUACGCCUUCGAGGAGGGCGUCCUCGAGGCUAAGGGUCGCCACGACCCCUGCGUCGUUCCCCGCGCCGUCCCCAUCGUCGAGUCCAUGUCCGCCCUCGUCAUCAUGGACGCCCUCAUGGCCCAGUACGCCCGUGAGAGCGCAAAGACCCUCCUCCCGCCCUUGCCCAAGACCCUCCCCACCCGUCCGACCAUCGGCUCCAUCACCAACGGCGGCAAUGCCUGA